CAAACAGUAAUGGACGUGUGAACUCCUUCACUGCCACAGUCAGCUACAGAGUAACGCCUUCCAUGGGUUAAAGGAUUAUACCAGGUUGGACUACCGAAGCUGUCUGCAAGUAAACUGUGCCCACAUCACCAGCGCUAAAUGGCAGAACCACUGGAUGAGGGAGCCCAAAGACGAAAUGAGACACAAACGCUGCGGACACAAACUAACCCUGGUCCAAGCACAGCACAAGACAUUCAGACAACUCCGACCCAACAAGUACCAGCUGGUAAUGAACAACCUUCCCAGCAGGAACCAACGCAACAACCACCGCCACAACUACAGCCAAGACCGGGUGAGACACAAACUAACCCUGGUCCAAGCACAGCACCAACCAGUCAGGGAGCUCCGACCCAACAACUACCGGCUGAUGGAGUGAGGGAUGCUCAACAAACAACUCAGUCUGGCAGCAUACAGCCUUCCCAGCAGGAACCAAUGCCACAACCACCGUCUCAACUACAGCCAAGACCGGAUAAUGUCAUGAGAGCCCUGGAAGCAGAUGCCAAGGAGCGCGCAAAGAAGCGUAAAGCAGAGGCGACGGUUCUAAAAGAUCAAGGGAACCAAGCGUUCAACAAGGGUGAUUACACACGAGCCGUUAAACUCUACACGCAGGGCCUGGAACGUCUAAAAGACUUUGUGGUGCUGUACACCAACAGGGCACAGGCUUACAACAAAUUGGAAAAGUUUACAGAGGCAAUGGAGGACUGCUGGACUGCCUUGCAGUUGGAACCAAACAACGUCAAGGCAUUGGUGCACCUCGGCAAGGCCCAGCAGGGACUGAAGGAUUACGAGGUGGCUGUUACGACUUUCCAAGAAAUCCUCAAGAUUGACGAGAAAUAUGAGAAAAUGGUCGCAGGCUACAUUGCAGCCGUGAAUCUAGCCGAGUCCACAGCCAAGUCUGAUACGGAGGCUGAGAGGCUGUUUAGUGAGGGUGACGUCAAAGCAACGGGUGUUCAUGAGAUCGGACUCAGUGAUGUAACAGACAGUCAAGCAGCUCUGACCCAACAACUACCAGAUGAUCAACAAACAACUCAGUCUGGCAGUGGACAGCCUUCCCAGCAGGAACCAACGCAACAACCUCUGCCGCAACUACAGCCAAGACCGGAUUACCCACAAAUAAGUGGAGCCAGCAUAGGAAACACCGGCACGAUCAGCGGUAGCCAGAAUCCUGUCAUUGUUGGUUCAAGUGCAGUUCAUAUCACUUACAACAAGUCGUCGGAGGAACGCGGUAAAUAUAAUCUUGUUUGAU